AUGUCUUCAAACCCAACUGAGUCGGUCACUAACUCGAGUUCCAUCCCUGCACAUGCUUCCAACACUACUGUGGGGGGUGAUGAAGCUAAUAGAGCAAACACCACUGAAGCCCAAGCAUCUGAGCAGAAUGAUCCAGAAAAUCCGUAUGAAAAAGCUAAGAGGGCAAAGACUUCUGAAGUUUGGAAUCACUUUCAGGUGUUGCAAACAGAAUCAGGGGCCAAAAAGAUGAACCAGUGCAGAUAUUGCAAAAAGGGCUACCCACCUUAUAGCUCAGGUGCUACAACAACAAUGGCUAGACAUCUUUUGGUGUGUCCCCUUAAACCCUCAACACUCCUUGAGAAAGGACAGAAACAACUCAGCCUUUCAAACAACUCUUGA